CUUGAUUCGAAGCAACUUUGGCCCUGCAAAGCCGAAGGGGGGCAACUUCGAAAUGCUCUGCGCCAUCUGCUUGCUCCUUCAUUCUUAGAGAAAGGAGUUGCGGAGGCCAGAAUACAAGGAAGGGCGCAUGCGUCUUUUUCUUCUGCAUCCAACAAUCUAGUUUCCCCAGCUGUGCGUUAGGACCUGCAUCAGGCCGAUAAGUUUGAAUCUUGUUUACCUUCCAGCCUACGCGGCAGGAGUUUCUCAUAGAGUCGUUGAAGCUAACAUUGUCCUUUUGCGAGCGUGACUUUCUGCAAUAAGUUGCUUGUGCUGAGCGACUUCUUGGGGGAUUUCUGCCGUCUGUGAAUAUUGAGCGGCCCCUUUUGCCCAGCAUGGAAGGGGGUGCAACCACUGGAUCGAAUCCUAGAACAGUGGAGGAAGUCUUUGAAGACUUUCGGGGCCGGAGGGCUGGAAUGCUGAAGGCCUUGACGUCAGAGGAAGAGCAGUUCUAUCGGCAAUGUGAUCCAGAGAAGGAGAAUCUCUGCUUGUAUGGUUUCCCUGACGGCUCCUGGGAAGUCAACCUUCCUGCUGAGGAAGUCCCCCCAGAGCUGCCUGAGCCCGCGCUAGGUAUCAACUUUGCAAGGGAUGGCAUGCAGCGAAAAGACUGGCUUUCUCUGGUGGCCGUGCACAGCGAUGCGUGGCUGCUGGCAGUGGCCUUCUACUACGGGGCCCGGUUCGAUAAGUUUGAAAGGAAGCGGCUCUUUGUCCUCAUCAACGAGCUCCCGACUGUGUUUGACACUGUGACCGGAAAGAAGGCGCCCAAGGGAGACAAGCAUGAUGCAAAGAGUAACAAGUCGAAGAACAGUACGAAGAGCGGAGAGCACCAGAGUAAGAAGCAAAAGACAGUGACGGACGACGAGGAAGAGGACGACGAGACGUUCUGCGGGAUCUGCGGCGGGCCCUACUCGCAGUCCGAGUUCUGGAUAGGUUGCGACAUCUGCGAGAAGUGGUACCAUGGUCGCUGCGUGAAGAUCACGCCUGCAAAGGCUGAGCACAUCAAGCAAUACAAGUGCCCAGCGUGCCUGGGGAAGAAGUAAUAGGUGGGGUAGCGAUAAGAAAGACUGUUGCCGCAUGUUUGGGGUAAGACUCGGGGGAUAUCACCGGGUUCAAGACGUGUGGCACGCUCACAUUGGCAGGCACGCAGGAUCACUGCCGGCCUCAUACCCAAUGGGCUGUCAACGUAUGCGGAGAACCAAGAUUAGCACGAAGUGCAGGUUGUGAACUUUGAUAUGUUAGGUGAAGCACUUUUGGGCUGCAUGACUAGCUAAGCAGCUGGAUGUGUGCCUUUCUAGCUUGUUCUUGCAAAGACAAUUGAGGGCAGCUGUCUACAAUUCAACAAUAUGGGCAUGCUCAUCAACCAAGACGUUUAUAUUUCCACUUGUCACCCUCGUUACCGAUUUCAAAAAAGUAGCAAAAACACAAUCAUGACUACUGUUGUGGAUCACUAAAUGGCAGCAAGGAUUGAUGGUUCACUG